AUGACACAUCACCCCCCUAAGAUUGUUAAGUCUGCUGUAUGGAAACCACCUCUGCAAGGGUGGCUCAAACUUAACUUUGAUGGUAGUGUUCGAGCUGUUGAAGUUGUAGCCAACUAUAGUGGUAUUCUUAGAAACCAUCUUGAAGAUCCUAUUUUCAUCUACAGUGGGGGUUUGCAGUUUUGUGAUAUCAAUGAAAUCGAGCUUUGUGCAGUUAAGGAAGGGGUCAGCAGGCUUCAGGUUUGUCACUCUAAAGUUCUUGUCGAGGGUGAUUUGGCAAACAUUAUUUCUUGGUACAAGCACCCUCACAAAGCCCCUUGGCUUUGGACUUCUGUCAUGGAUGACAUCCAAUUAGCCAUUUCUAGCAAAAACGUCGUCUUCUGCCACGUUAAUUGUGAAAAAAAUGGUGCGGCUGAUGUUCUAGCUAGGUCUGCCCCUUAG